AUGGGCUCUAUAAAUGUCAAUUACCAUAAGCUGGUGCUUGGGACAUGGAAAGAACUGAUUUUGUCUGUGCUCACUCCACAGGUGAUCACCAAGGUUCUGGAAGUAGGUAACCGUACAGUGACGACGCAUUUCAUUCUUUUGGGAUUUCCAACCCAUCCAGGCUUCCAGAUGCUCCUCUUCUUUCUUUUCUUGGCAACCUACCUGCUAACACUUCUAGAGAAUUUUUUAAUCAUCUUAGCUAUUCGCAGCGAUGGACAAUUGCACAAGCCCAUGUACUUUUUUCUUAGCAACCUCUCUUUCCUGGAAAUGUGGUAUGUCACAGUCAUCGGUCCCAAAAUGCUUGUCGACUUCCUAAGCCAUGACAAGACCAUUUCCUUCAAUGGCUGCAUGACUCAACUUUAUUUCUUUGUGACCUUUGUCUGCACUGAGUACAUCCUUCUUGCUGUUAUGGCCUUUGACCGCUAUGUAGCCAUUUGUUAUCCACUAAGGUACACAGUCAUCAUGACCAACCAGCUUUGUGGUACACUGGCUGCAGGAUGCUGGUUCUGUGGACUCAUGACUGCCAUGAUUAAGAUGCUCUUCAUUGCCCGACUCCACUACUGUGGCACACCUCGUAUCAAUCACUACUUUUGUGAUAUUUCUCCACUCCUCAAUGUCUCCUGUGAGGACUCCUCACAGGCUGAGCUAGUGGAUUUUUUCUUGGCCCUCAUGGUUAUUGCUGUUCCCCUUUGUGUAGUGGUGGCAUCUUAUGCCACCAUUCUUACCACCAUCCUCAGGAUCCCUUCUGCUCAGGGACGCCAAAAGGCAUUUUCUACCUGUGCCUCUCACCUGACAGUUGUAAUUCUGUUCUACUCCACAACUCUUUUCACCUACGCCCGCCCCAAGCUUAUGUAUGCCUACAAUUCCAACAAGGUGGUGUCUGUGCUCUACACUGUCAUUGUCCCACUUUUCAAUCCUAUCAUAUACUGCCUGAGAAACCGUGAAGUAAAGGCAGCCCUCAAGAAGACUAUACUUUGCAAAAGAAGUGGACCCAGGGAAGAUGGGGCUGUGAUUAAUUAA